AUGCCUCCUAGCAACAACCAGCUCUCGAUUCCUUUCCGAAAAUCAACCCAGCUCUCCAUCUCGACGGCCAUCCGCCAGUACAUCUCCAAGAAAUAUGACCAGCACCCGGAUAUGUUCCGUCAUGACCUCGAGGUCAUUGAUGCCCUCCGCAGAGAUGCGGUCAACAUCCGUGAGGCCCACGCCAGCGGCAUCAAGAAGCUUCAGGCCUACGCUGCCCAGCUCGUCUGGAUAUCGGGCAAAUUUCCCAUCGACAUCGGCGCAGACUUCACCUGGUAUCCUGCUCUAGGCUACAAUACAGAGCGACCUCUCGUCCAGAACAACCUCAAGUACGAGCUCAUGAGCGUCCUGUUCAAUCUCGCAGUGCUAUACUCCCAGCUCGCCCUUGCCUCGAAUCGCUCCAACACCGAGGGCCUGAAGACUGCUGCCAACUAUUUCAGCCAGGCGGCAGGCGUCUGCAAACAUAUGAAGGAUGUGGUCCUUCCCGAGCUGCGGAUGUCUGCGGCUCCCGAGGACAUGGACGAGAGCACCCUGGAUUCCCUGAUGCACCUGCAGCUGGCACAAAGUCAGGAGUGUUUCUGGCAGAAGGCAGUAAUAGACGGCUACAAGGAUGCCUCGAUAUCCAAAGUUGCUGCCAGAGUGAGCGACCUGUACAACCUGGCGGGCGAGGCCGCCAUGAAGAGCGAGACCAUCAGCAGUGCUUGGAUCCAUCAUAUGAGUGCAAAACACCACCACUUUGCGGCAGCUGCGCAGUACCGGGCUGCCUGCGACUGUCUCGAGAAGCGCAAGUACGGCGAGGAAGUGGCCCGGCUCAUGGACGCUGUGACAUGUGUGAACGAAGGGCUGAAAGAGAGCAGAGGCGGAUACUUGAGUAAAGCUGUAUUGGAUGAUCUGAAUGGGUUGAAGAAGAGGGUGGAGGAAGACUUGAAGAGGGCAGAGAAGGACAACGAUCUGAUCUACCUGAAUCACGUCCCUUCGAAAUCCGAACUCAAAAUCCUGGACCGCGCCAACAUGGCUGUCGCUCGUGUUCCCGCAGAAGUCGCCAACCCUACUGAGCACCUUGGUGACCAUGCCGAAUUCGGGGCACCUUUGUUCAGCAAGUUGGUCCCAUACUCUGUUCACGUCGCAGUAUCUAUCUACGAGGAGAGGAGAGACCGUCUGGUCAACCAGAAUAUCAUCCAGGAACUUGAAGUUCUGAACGAGAAGCUCCAUGAGAUUCUUUCUUCUCUAAAUCUACCCGGAUCUCUCCAAGCGUUGGAAAAGCCUCUCGGUCUCCCCGGCACUUUGGUGCAGCAUGCCGAGGAGAUUCGGCAGGCGGAUGCACUCAGCAGGAUACAGAGGAGCUUCGCCGACAUCGACAAGCUCAGAGCGAGCGAUCGCGCUGUCUUCGACGAGGGCAAGUCGCUGCUGGCAAGCGAGGAGGAAGACGACCAGCGCUUGAGGAUGAAGUAUGGCACUCAACGAUGGAUGCGGCCGGCAAGUCAAGAGGAUCCCCAAGGUGCCAAAUUAUGGAAGCAGGCCACCGACGUUGAAGGGUAUUUUGCUUCAAGCACCUCCAGUGAUGCCGUAGUGCGAGACAAAUACCUUGCCGUGGAGAGCACCCUGUCCAUUCUGGCCGGGUCUGACCGCAGCUUGAUGGACGCUAUCCCACAGAGCCGAAAGACCGAGAUUCCAGAGACUAUCAAGCCUGCGUUGGGCAGGCUGCGUGGUGUUUUCAACGAUAUACAGCGUCUUGAGUCAAGACGCCGGCGCCGUGCCGAGGCUCUGCGGGAGAAGGCCAAGGCGGAUGACAUCAAACCAGAUAUCAUGAAGGAGGCUGGACGACUGGAACGGACGUACCCCAACACACAGAUUGUGCCCGCACAUUUCGAGGAGUUUUUUGAAAAGCGUCUUGACAGCAUGUACGAAGCAGACCUGCAGCAGAUCGAGAAGGAAGCGGCAGAGCAGGAGAAGAUGCUGGCGGACGUGACGCGGGCGAACAGGGAUUUUGAGGCUCAGAAGAAGACCGCAGGCGACAGAGGCAACAGGGAGAGAGAGGCGGCCCUCCAGACACUCGAUAAUGCAUACUACAAGUACAAGGAGAUUGUGAGCAACGUGGAGGUGGGCAGGAAAUUCUAUAACGACCUGAGCAAGAUUGUUGGGUCGUUCAGAGAUCGAUGUCGCGAUUGGGUCGCGGAGAGGAGGAAGGAUGCCAGGGCCUUGGAGGAGUACCAACAACCACCAGCCCAGGCCGCAUAUCAGUCUCCCACGGGCCCACCACAAUCAUUCUAUCACAAUACUGUCCCGGCUCCUGUUGCGCCAGUGUCGCCGCCCGCGGAGGCCCGUAUACAGUCAUGGGCUCGGGAGGAUGACGCACAGCCGCCAGAGCAACCUCAACCACGGGCCAUGCCCCCCCUCCAGGCUAUGUGGCAACCAGGCAUGGGCAUCAAGUUCGCACCGUCGUCGGCUCCUGGUGGGGGUGGACAACCCCCUGGCCAGGGUGCAAAUGGUUCUGUCGGAGGCAAAUGGGAUCCUAGUUCUGGGAUUCGAUUUGGAUGA